CCCAGCCUGUGCGGGGGCCGGGGAUCCCCCGCGCGGGAGCGUGGCGCCGGGCGGGGGCGGCCCCUGUGGCGGGGCGCUGGUCCCGGCUGGCUGGUGCCCGGCGAGCGGCCGGGGCAGCCCUCGGCAGAGCCUGACGUCCCGUCCCUUUCAGCAGGUCCUGGCUGUGCGCGGGAGGCCGCUGCCGCGGGGCCGCAUCCCGCCCGGGAGCCUGUGCGUGGCUGAAGCCCCCUCUGUGCGGCGGGAGGCCGUCCCCCAGCGGGGCUGCGUUCCCCCGCCAUGGAGGCGGGAGGCUUGGAGUGGCUGCUGGUGCCGAUGCAGCAGCUGCUGUCGUGGGGGGCUGCGGGGGCCAUGGUGUUCGGCGGCGUGGUGCCCUACAUCCCGCAGUACCGGGACAUCCGGCGGACACAGAACGCGGAGGGCUUUUCCACCUACGUCUGCCUGGUGUUACUGGUCGCCAACAUUUUGCGGAUACUUUUUUGGUUUGGAAGGCGUUUUGAAUCCCCUCUUUUAUGGCAAAGCAUUAUCAUGAUCAUUACUAUGUUAUUGAUGCUGAAACUGUGCACUGAAGUACGUGUGUCCAACGAGCUAAACAUAAAACGCCGCUCUUUUGCAGCUGCAGAUAGUAAGGAUGAAGAAAUCAAAGCACCUCCCAAGAGAUCCUAUCUGGAUUUUGACUUGAACUAUUUUUGGCAUUGGAGCAAGUUUACAGACUACGUGCAGUGUGUACUGACCUUCACUGGCAUGACUGGCUACAUCACUUAUCUGUGGCUUGACUCAUCUCUCUUUGUGGAAACGCUGGGCUUCCUCGCAGUGUUCACUGAAGCCAUGUUAGGUGUUCCCCAGCUGUACCGGAACUACCAAAAUAGGUCUACAGAAGGAAUGAGUGUCAAGAUGGUGCUAAUGUGGACCAGUGGAGACACAUUCAAGACUGGUUACUUCAUCCUGAAUCAGGCCCCUUUCCAGUUCUCCAUCUGUGGACUCCUGCAGGUUUUUGUGGACAUCACUAUCCUGUUGCAGGUUUACUUGUACAGCUACUACCCUCAGAAGUCUGUGUCCCACACUGCACACCCAGCUAGCACCAAGGCCCUGUGAGACUUCUAGCUGGAUAGGUUGCAGGACAGUGGCACUGCGGAGUUGGCCAUGGCAGCUCCUUCCCCAUGUAAAUACUCGUGUUGCCAAGUUGAAAGCAGAAAGGAGAACAAGGAUUGAAAAUCUGGCAGCACUACCCCCUUGGAAGGUUUUAUUUUAAAUAACUUGCUCUCUCUGUUUUGAAACUUAGCUGUACAGAACAGUUUCUUGGUGGGGGGUGGGGCACUUUAUUUUUGCAUAUGUACCUAUGAGCCUUAUCUAUUCACAAAUAUUUGUAUAUUUAAUCACAAGGGCUGGAUGGUUUGCGUUUGUAAUGCUAUUUAAAAAUGUUACACCACAGAAAUUAUAGGAUAUUUUGUCUGAAAUUUUACGUAUUUAUGUAAUGAAGUCUGCACAUGGGUAAGAAGUUUGUGGCGUGCUAGCUUUCAGUAUCUCCACGAUGUAGGAAGAAGUAUUGAAGAGCAAAUGCAGGAACUUUCUCUUUUCCUAAGAAGGGUGUCCGGUAAGCAGAGAAGGUGAGGGCAGGAGGCCCUGCAAAGAGAUGAGCAGCCAGAAGUGAACCAGUCAUACACAGUGUAAAGCACCAAUGUGCUGAAGAUUGGCAGGUGUUGACCCCUGUGUGUGGCAGGCAGGCACGGAGGAGGUGAUAGCAGGGGGUCUGAAUAUGGACCAUACUGGAGCCAUGUUUAGAGCAAGCACAGCCAGUCAUGCGGUCAGCCAGGAGGAGGAGCUAACAGGAUACUGCAGGUAACUUCGGUAGGUGCUUUGAAAUGAUGGGGUUUGGGAGCAGCCUGGCGUUUAUUUAGGGGGCAGCACUGCUCCUGCAGCUGUGCAAAAGACAGACCUGGGCUGUAGCACAUCUCUCACAAAACAAGGGGCCAACAGAUGCAUAUUGCCAGUAUUGCCAGGCAGGUAUUUAUGGAUGGUGAGUGAGCCACAAUAGAAACAAUUCCAUUUCUGCUGCCUCAGAAAGGGAAGUGAGAAAGUUUGAGACAGAAAAAAGCCAGAACCUAUGGAGUGGGACUAUCAUCCAGCAGCUUGAUUUGUUAAAGCUGAGAUUCAUGUUCAUCUUGUUUAAUGCCACACAUGAACCAGUUUAUGUUUUGGGAUGUUUCUUGCACUGACCCAACAAGGAAGGAGUCCAUGUUUUCCUUCUUCUGUAGCUUGAAUCUUCUAGGCUUUUAGAAGAAUCAGCAGCCUGUACUUCAAGGGUGUGAGAAAGCUGAAAGAGGGCUUAGUUAUAAAUGUAGAUGUUUCUAAUGGCUGUUUGCCAGUAUAGGUCGCUGUGCCCUUUCUGAGAACUGCACAUGUCUAGCAGCUGCAGGUGGUGUGGACCCACAGGGGCUGUGGCCAAGCCCCUGGGCUUCUGCCAGUUGUUGCCAUGAAACCACCCUGCUUGGAAUGAAGCUGCCACAGAAAGGCCUCUAGUCCCAGGAACAGCUCUGCUUGCACUGUGUUCUUUUUCAUGAGGCUCCCUCCCUGCUGCUGGGUGAAUCCCAUCUGAUCACAGGCAAAGUGUUAGAGUUGGGACAGAUUUUUGUUCUCCAACAUUAGCACAAGAGCUUGUGUUUUCUUACCAAUGACAGCACAUCUGAUGUUUAAUAACUUCAGUGUGUAAAUCAGAUACUUCCCCUUCCCUGUUUUAUUUGGGAACCUCAUAAUUUGAAUCUGGACUGUCUUCAUCAGCAGCAAACUCCUCUGGAGAGGAAGCAUCAGCAGGCUAUGGCAGUGGUUGUGUGACAUUUGGCUGGGAACAUCCAUCAUAGGAGUGGGCUGUCCAUGUGCUGCUUGCCAGUCCUGUGCUCCUCUCACUCUCCAGGUAGCCCCAGGCUGACGUGGGUGCUCCUGCUGCACAUGCCGCUUGGUUUUGGAGCUUGCAUGUUGGUGGUGGAGGCUCAAACCUGCAGGCAGAAGUCCUGCCCUGGGGCCAAGGUGUCCUGCCUUUGGUGGGGGCACUGCUGGAGGUUCAAAGUUGUCCUCAGGAAGUCCCUGCCCCAGCAAAUCUAGUUGGAUCUGCGUGAGCAAUGCAGAGCCAAGGACAGCUGCUGUUUCCGAGGGCUGGGCACAGAAUGUUCUGCCUGGGCAUGACUCCACACUCUUUGUUUGAAUCCAUACUCUUUUAGGCCUGAAGUGACCUUACAAAGAUGAUGUACCUGGCAUGGCAGACUAUGAAUGUUUUGUUUCUUUUUUCUCCAAUGUUCUGGUUGUGUUACAGGAACAUCUGGGCUUUUGUAUUUUUUAAUUGAAAACUUACUUAACAACUGGCUUCUCUGGUAUGCUGCUUUAAUGAGGAUUGUAUUUCUACUGUAUGCAAACAAACACUUUCUUGUGUGUUUUAAUGGUCUGAAGUUGUUUGAUUUUUUUUUUAAAUAACUUGUAAUGAUACAAUUUUUGUAUAUGGUGGUCUUUUUCUAAUGUUCUAUGAAGCGGGGAUAUAAGAAAUAAAUGGCUCUCAAGAAAUACACUUCUGUAUGCUAUAGCUGCUCCUGGGAGUGCAUGCUUUUGUCCACCUCUUCAGAUUUGUACUCAGAUAUUACUGAGGAUAAAACAACUGUUGUUUUUCUCCUUUUGGGAUUCUUCCCUGGGCAGAUUGUUGAGUCUGUUAUCAACACCCAAACCAGGAAGGUCUGUCGACCAGUCUCAUUUGCACCAAAGCUGCAAAUGCUGGAAGAGAAGCCAGUGAAACCACAUCUAAAGUAAUCUUCUGUAUGUGGCAUUUAUCAAGGUAGGACUCUUGGCCAGAUUUAAUCUUGCAAGAUACUUUAGGAACAAAUUGUUACAGAACUUAGUUUUUGUUCUUUAAUUUUCAGGAAGCACGUACAUCUGUAUCAAUGAUCACCUCAGAGAAUAAGAAAUCAAUUACUUUAAAUACAUCUCUUUGAAUGUAUGGCACAUUUAAUGGAGUUUAUUUUCUCUGUCAGUUGCAAUGUUUUUUAAAAUAAAAAUUACCUAUUAUAUAUAAA